UAAAAUCGAAAUGUCAUUCCAGCAGUGAAAUAGAAAACAUCCACUUGUUUCACGUUAAUUUUUGUUUACGUCCUUUCAAAACUCAUUCCAUUUUCGCCCUUUAGUCUUUAACGUUGUCGGUAGAAACCAUAUGUGUUCACAUUGGCAUUAUAGCAUCAUUGCAUUUGUGGUUAUUGUCCGAUCUCUCCGUUUUCGAAGUCACAUUCGUAAACAAUCCGUUCCAAGAACAACGCCCUUAAUUGUUUGUCAAGUUUGUUUUGAACGUGUCCGAUCGUUGGUACAAUGACUUCGACUUACAAAUCCAAUCACUCGGUCUAUUCACAUGGACGCUCGUCGACCAAUUUAGCAUCACAGAAAUCGCGCUCAAUGAAAUCGGUCAAAGUGCCGUGGUACCAGAAACCGAUUUUGCACAACAACAAGUACAUCAAUGUCCAGAAAAGUGCCAUGUUCGUGGCACUGUUUUCGAUUUUUACAGCACUUUUCACUGUAGUCACGGCUGCUUUUGAUAUAUACAGUCUGGGCAUGGCAGCUCCGGGCAGCACACAUUACGGUUACUAUUUCAUCUCGUACGAAUUUGUCUACGUCGGCAACAAUCACAUCCGCAAUGCGUUGAUAAUGUUCGCCUUUUUCUCAUUGAUCGGAGGUCUGGCCAUAUUGGUCACCGGGAUAAUGCUUGUGGUCGCGCUGAGAAAAGAACACGAGCACAGGAUCGUACCGUGGUUGUGGUCCUUUGCCAUCUUUACCAUCAUCCGGUUCAUGGCCUUUCUAUUCUUUGCCAUUGUCAACGAUCUGAUUUUCGCUUACAAUAUUCUGAUGGUUUUGGUGUGGAUAGUGCUGUUGGUGGGCUGUGCCUACAGCUGGUUGAUCAUUUAUUCGUUGUAUCUGGAAUUGGCCGAUUUGACGAAAUUGGAGGAUCUGGCCCAUUUGAGAAUGGGUACAAUGGCAUCGAUUCACGGCUCAACAAAUCCAUCGAUUGCGGGUUCUCGCCCGACUACGCCGUACACCACGGUUUCGACAAUUCACUAAAUUAAUUUUAGUAUUGUCUCUCUGUA